UGAUGAAACCCCAGGAAUCUCCAUUAGGGAACUCUAUAUAAACUACUAUGCUACUGCUUAUGAUGAAGAUUUCACUGUUGGAUCAGAGUUUAACCUGGAAAAAGUCACAUUUGAAGAAACCAAAGCUACUUUUGCCAUCAAAGCCAUUAUGGAUUAUACUUCCAUAGGAGCAGUUCCCAAGAAAUGCCUGCCUGAUCAGUUCCAGUGUUCCAAUAGUGAGUGUAUAGAUGGCAGAUACAAGUGUGAUGGCCAGGACGACUGCUUUGAUGGAUCAGAUGAGAAGAACUGUCCUGUGACGGUGUGUGCCUCUGAUGAGUUCAGGUGUAGUGAUAAUAGGCAGUGUAUUCCUGCGGCCUUCCGCUGUAACCUCCAGCCAGACUGUUUAGACGGCAGCGACGAGGAGAGAUGUGAGCCGCAGUGUAAGGCACAGGAAUUUAAGUGUGAUGACGGGACCUGUAUCGAUUCUGAGUUUAGGUGUGAUGGCGUGCCUGGCGAUUGUCCGGAUAACUCAGAUGAAGCUCGCUGUGGGGGUACAUCUCAGUCCUGUCCUGAAGGCCUGUUACGAUGUGAUAAUGGAGAUUGUGUCGCAGGAAACAGAUGUGACGGACUCCCAGAAUGCCGGGACAACUCUGACGAGAAAAACUGUGAAACCAGCACACUCCCUCCAACAUUAGCUCCAGAAAUCUGCACAGAAACUGAGUUCCGAUGUAACGAUGGAAUGUGUAUGCCAAAGGACUUGAUAUGUGAUGGAACCCCGGAUUGUGACGACCAGUCAGACGAAUCUCAGACAUUAUGUGGAACUUCUACUGUCUGUCCUGAGGGACAGUUCCGAUGUGACAAUGGGGAGUGUGUGAGGACGGAUGCACCCUGUAAUUUUGUCCAGGACUGUACAGAUGGCUCAGAUGAGGCUGUCAGCACCUGUGGUGUACGUGUUCAACUUGAUAUAACCAAGUCUCAACAAGUUUACAAUGAAGGAGAAACUGCUGUCUUUAACUGUGUAGCUACAGGAAAUGUUGGAGUCACAAUAAGAUGGAGGACCAAGGAGGGGGCCUUACCUGCAAAAGCUGUGCUACAGAAUGGAAGGCUGUCCAUUCCUAAUGUGACAAUGAAUGAUGUUACCGACUACAUCUGUUACACAGACACAAUACAAGGGGUUGGAGAAGCUACAGUCGAUCUACUUGUCAUACCAGGUAACACCACCACAGACUGUCCCCAGGGUCAGUAUAAAUGUGAUGACAGCACUUGUGCACCCCCUGGGUCUAACUGUGAUAGAAAGGUUGACUGCGGAGAUGGUAGCGAUGAAUUCCCGAGAUACUGCGGUUGUCAGCUUGGAGAGUUUAUGUGUGCUGAUGGGAAGCGGUGUAUAUCAAAGGCCGAGGAGUGUGAUGGAAGAAUCAACUGUCCAGACAGAUCUGAUGAGCAUUCCAAUUGUACUGUAGCCUGCCGAGCGGACGAAUUCACCUGUCAAAGUGGACAAUGUAUUGACCGGGCUCGGCUGUGUGAUGGGUAUCCAGACUGUAAUGACCGGUCAGAUGAAGAAGAUAGAGCUUGUCGUAAAUGUGACAGUGGUUCCCAGUUUACUUGUCGUUUUGAACAUCAGUGUGUUAAUGUCUCGAUGGUUUGUGAUGGGUUUGCCGACUGUGUAGAUAAGUCGGAUGAGAUGAAUUGCUGUAAUAAGUCCACAGAAUUUACAUGUGCAAGUGGACAGUGUAUAGACAUUAGGAGACGAUGUGAUAGGAUCAGAGACUGCUUUGAUGGCUCUGAUGAACGAGAUUGUCCUUGUCGUGCUGAUGAAUUCAAAUGUUUUUCGGAUGGGAAAUGUGUACUGCGAUCUGACAGAUGUAAUGGGCGGAGAGAUUGUCAAGAUGGCAGUGAUGAAACUGACUGUCAGGAGCGCUGUACCCCCUUCGAGUUUCAGUGUACAGUAGGGGGCUGUGUGGAGGCUAUCAAGCGCUGUGACGGUUUUUUUGACUGUCCUGAUGGCUCUGAUGAAAUUCUGUGUAACUCCCCCACUCCUGCUCCAACCACAGAACUGCCUGUGAUUGUCCGAGUGGCCCCCUCCAGCCUGAGACUUAGGGAGGGACAACAGGCCUCAUUCCAAUGCCAGGCCAGUAGAUCAGUCCCACUGCGCUGGAGUCGACGCAGCAAUAUUGGGUCUCUGCCUUUUCAAGCCAGAGUAGAAAACAAUAUUCUAAUAAUUCCACAAGUUCGGUCUGAAGACUCAGGAUCUUAUGUGUGUGCUGUGGUAGGACAGGAACAAAGAUACUAUGCCAUUGCUUCACUGGAUGUACAGUCCUUACCAACUACUACUGUAGCACCACAGCGACCCCUUAUCAUCACAAUUUCACCCCCCAGUUUGAGACUGAGGGAGGGGCGACAGGCACAGUUCCAGUGUCAGGCCACCAGAUCUGUUCCUCUUCGCUGGACCAGACGCAGCAGCAAUGGGACAGCCCUACCUUUCCGAGCCUCAGUAGAGAACAACAUACUCACUAUUCCAGAGCUUCAGUUAUCAGACUCUGGAUCUUACAUGUGUUCCGUGGUAGGGCAGGAACAGAGAUACUUUGCUAUUGCUACACUAGAUGUACAGUCAUUGGUUCCCCCUACUCUCCCUCCCACGGGAAUCUGUCGCCCCGGGGAGGCUGUGUGUCAGAACCUACAGUGUAUCAAUGCGGACUACCGGUGUGACGGGGACCAGGACUGUGAAGACGGCUCAGAUGAAGAUCCAAGCAUUUGUAACUUCGAGAAGUUGUGUGAACCAAAUGAAUUCAAGUGUUCCAAUGGAAGAUGUGCUAUGAAGAUCUGGCGUUGUGAUGGAGAUAAUGAUUGUGGAGAUGAUUCCGAUGAACAGAAUUGCCCCACCCGACGUCCCGGAGACCCGUGUGAUUCUAAGGAGUACCAGUGUACAUCCGGGGACCAGUGUGUGCCAGCCUCGUAUCAGUGUGAUGGAGAAAUUGACUGUCAGGACAGAUCAGAUGAGAUUGGCUGUGCUGCACCCACUAUAAAUGUUGCUCCUCCCCCCAAUAUCGAGGUAGAAGUGGGUGGCUAUUUCACCAUUAUUUGUGAGGCUGUGGGUGUCCCCACCCCACUGAUUGUGUGGAGAUUAAACUGGGGGAACAUUCCAACAGGGGACAGGAUAUAUGUCUCCAGUGUCAAUGGACGGGGUAACCUCACAAUCACAGACGCCAGAAUAGAGGAUUCUGGGGCCUACACUUGUGAAGCCAUUAACGUCAGAGGAAGCGUAUUUGCAUCUCCUGAUGCAAUCAUUAUUGUAAGACGUACCCCACAAGGUGUUUGUGAACCUCCUAGAUUCAACGUGGAAGCCUCCAUUGACACAGACUGCAUCAACUGCUUCUGUUUUGGCCACACUACCCAGUGUUACAGUUCUGAUUUACAAAUCUCAAAGAUUGAUCUAGUGGGUGAACUUACGAUGGUGAAUGUGGACUCUUCACUACCUAUUGACUCUCGGUAUGUGGAGUACCUUCCCUCAGGGGAGUAUGGUGGCUUCUAUCAGGUGGGAGAUGGACUGCGACUGGUGCCCCCAGGGAUCUACUACUGGUCACUUCCGGGAGAGUUCCUAGGGGAUAGGCUUACAAGUUAUGGAGGGAGUCUUCAGUAUGAUAUUUUCUAUUCCCUCGGGAGAGGUCAGUCUAAAAUUUUGGAUCAAGCAGAUGUGGUUAUGAGGGGAAAUGGCAUCACAAUCUACCACAGAGCGUCAACCAUUGCCAGACCAGAGGGACUGACUCGCUUUCAGGUUCCUCUGCUGCCGAGUGCUUGGACAAAAGGUGACAUGCCUCGAAGAGGGGACACACCUGUGCUGGAAUAUGCUUCCAGAGAAGACCUCAUGAUGGUACUGGAGAACCUGGAAUACAUCUACGUUAGAUCUCACUAUGACUCGAGCAUGGCACUUACAAGGAUUGGCAAUAUAGAGUUGAGCAGUGGUGCAAGGGAAUCAACAGGUCUUGGUAGAGCUGUGUAUGUGGAGAGUUGUGAGUGUCCUCCCGGCUACUCUGGACUCUCUUGUCAGGACUGUGCCCCAGGUUACACAAGAGUUCAGCAAGGUCCCUACCUGGGGAUUUGUACCAGAUGUAACUGUUACGGACAUUCAGCGGACUGUGAUCCCAUCACUGGAGCCUGCAGGUUCUGUAAUCACAACACUGAAGGUGCACAAUGUGAGCGUUGUGCUGUUGGUUACUAUGGAGAUGCCACGCUUGGAACUUCUGAUGCUUGCAAGCCCUGCCCUUGUCCAUUAACCACACCAACAAACCAGUUCAGUGAGACUUGUGUCCUGAGUUCUGAUGGCAGACCUACAUGUACCGCCUGUAAACCAGGCUACACCGGGCGAAACUGUGAGAGAUGUGCAGAAGGAUACAUUGGCCAGCCCAGUAUCAUAGGAAACUACUGCCGAAAAGUCAACUUGCCUGAUAUAUGUGACUCCAGAGGCAGUUACAGCAGACAACCAGACCCUGUGACCGGUGUCUGUAGAUGUAAGUCUAAUGUUGUCGGUAAGAACUGUGACCAGUGCAGGGAGAACACGUUUCAUCUGGAUGCUGCCAAUCCUUUUGGCUGUCUGCGUUGUUUCUGCAUGGGAGUCACAACCCAAUGUACCAGCACUUCUUGGAAUAAAGCUCAGAUUGGUUCCUCAUUCACAAGAAACAGCAAUGGUUUUGUCCUGACAGAUCUACUUCAAAGGGAGACAAUUUCAGAUGGCUUCACGGUCAACAGCAAUGUCAGGGAGCUGGUUUAUCGGGGCUUUAGCAACCAGAGAGACACUGUGUAUUAUUGGUCACUUCCAAAGCGUUUCCUAGGAGACAAGGUGGUGUCCUAUGGGGGUUACCUGAGAUUUGUAUUGGUGUACCGGCCGGGACAAGAUGCCUCACCCAGUCAGCUGGACGGCCCUCUUGUGGAAAUCAUUGGAAAUGGAGUAACAUUGAUUCACAGAUCUACACAGGAACAUCGACCAAACACUCCCUCUUCCUACAGAGUGCCAUUUACAGAGAAUGCUUGGACUGGUCUUGAUGGAUCAAGCACAUCAAGGGAAUUUCUGUUAAUGGCCCUGGCAGAUUUGGAUGCUAUUUUGAUCAGAGCUACAUUCACCAGAGAAACAGAUCAAGCCAGUAUACGUGAUGUUGUCAUGGAUAUUGCAGAAGACCGAGUGACAGGUCAAGGUCGUGCAUCCACGGUUGAGCAGUGUCAGUGUCCCAGAGGUUACAAAGGACUGUCCUGCGAGGACUGUGAUGUGGGUUAUACACGUCGUGGCGAUGGUAUUUAUCUCGGGACUUGUGAACCAUGUCAGUGCAAUGGCCAUUCCAGUGAAUGUGACCCUGAUACAGGACGCUGUAGGAACUGCCAACAUAACACUGAUGGAGAGCAGUGUGGCCGUUGUGCCACUGGUUUCUAUGGUGAUGCCACCAGAGGUACCCCAAGUGAUUGCCAGCCCUGCCCCUGUCCCCUUACCCAGCCACCCAAUCAAUUCAGUCCUACAUGUGAAUUGGCAAGAAAUGGACAAGUAAGAUGUACCGCUUGCCCAGCAGGGCACAGGGGACUCCGAUGUGAAAGCUGUAUUCAGGGAUACACAGGAAAUCCAAUACAACCAGGGGACUACUGUAAGAUUUCUACAGGUCCAGAUUGUCAAUGUGACAGUCGAGGAACAGUUCCCAACACCCAAUGUGACGUAGUGACAAAGCAGUGUCAAUGUAAAGCAAAUGUUCGAGGACAAAGAUGUCGGUUCUGUAAAGAUCGCUACUUCCAUCUGAGUGAGGAGAAUUCCCAGGGCUGUUUGUCUUGUUGGUGCUCAGGUGUGGCCACCCAGUGCAGCUCUUCAGCUUUUUAUAAAGACAGGAUCUAUCCAAAUUUGUCUGGGGCUGACACCCACAACUUUGUAUUGACCAAUCGUCGUCUGUCUAACUCUAUCACGGAUGGCUUUGACAUCAAUACUGACAGAAAUGAGAUCACGUUCAACCAGUUUUCUGGAAUCCAGAGAGAACGCGAGAGCCUCUUCUUCAGUCUCCCUCCUAAAUUCAGAGGAAAUAAGGUCACUUCCUAUGGAGGAUACCUGAGUUUCACCCUGGAGACAGUUGUGGCUUUGGAUGGAGGCAAUACUUUCAGAGAUGUGGACUUGGAAAUUAUCACACCAGGCCAACAACAAAGAAUGUAUUACUUGUUUAACCCUCCCCUACAGCCUUAUCAACCAGAGACUUACAAAAUCCAUCUUGUAGAGAGCACAUUCAGAAUGCUGGAUGGCACUUCACCAACACGAGAAACCUUCUUGUCUGUUUUGUCCAACAUUGAAGCCAUUCUGAUCAGAGCCACUUACCACACCGUUAUGGGUAGCGCCUCGCUGCGUGAUUUGUACAUGGAGACCUCAACUACUACUCCUACCACAUUUGGUCGCAUGCCACAGGUGGAGAGCUGUCAGUGUCCCGAGGGCCACACCGGUUCCUCGUGUGAACAGUGUGCCCCAGGUUACCUCCUACAGGAGGAUGGGGUGGGGAGGAGAUGUGUCCGCUGUAGCUGUAACAACCAUGCCGACUCCUGUGAUCCUGGCACUGGACAAUGUCUGAAUUGUCAGCAUAACACGGUUGGUGACAGGUGUGAGAGAUGUGCAGAUGGUUUCUAUGGAGAUGCCACUUCUGGAACUGCCUCAGACUGCAGGCCCUGUCCCUGUCCUCUGACCGUGCCAUCCAAUCAAUUCUCCCGUACUUGUCGACUGGGUUCAGAUGGCUUACCGACCUGUGAUAGAUGUCCAGAGGGUUACCUUGGAAGGGACUGUGGAACGUGUGAUGCUGCAAGAGGUUACACAGGCAAUCCCAGAGUUAUUGGGGGGUCAUGUAUUGCUGGAGCAACCUUGGAGCCAGUGGUGGAGGUCAGCCCACUGAGGGUGGAAGAGCCAGCAGGUCACACAGUCGUAUUCACCUGUGAGGUCAGUGGCCCUGGACCAAUCACAGUUGUGUGGACCCGAGCCAAUCGUCAGCUUCUUCCAUUACGAGCCAAUGUAAGCCCUCGUCACACUCUGACUAUCAGAGAUUUGGUGCAGACGGACUCAGGACAGUACAUCUGCACUGCCACCAAUAGGCAUGGAAGUACCAGACGAAUUGUGACCCUACAGGUCACAGGUCGUGAACAGCCCAUCCGUGUGAGAAUUGAUGAGCCAACGUCUGUUGUCAAGAACCAGGGUCAGUCAGUUCGCUUUGUCUGCACAGCUUCAGGACCUAACACAAUGACCUACAUACUAGCUUGGUCCAAACAAGGUGGCACCGUUCCCUCUAAAGCGACGGAGCGUAAUGGUGUUUUAGUGAUUCCCAAUGUACAACCAGAAGAUGCUGGAUCCUAUAUCUGUACAGGUUCUGACAUAACUGACACAGACACAGCUGUAGCUGUCCUUACUGUCAGUGCCACGGAAACUCCUCCUGAAAUUCGAAUUGAGCCCCGCUACCAGACUGUGAAGGAGGGAGAGGAAGUAGAAUUCCGUUGUUUGGCUACUGCUGGCAGACCAACGCCCACACUUGAAUGGAGAAGGAAGGAGGGCAGGUAUCCAAUGAGCCAAAACGCAGUUCUCAAUAAUGGUGUCUUCAGACUUCCACGAGCAGAAAUGACUGAUGAAGGAGAAUAUUACUGUAAAGGUACCAAUGUUGCAGGGAUGUCAGAGAUACGCACCAUCUUGUAUGUUCAGAGAGAUGAGACCAGACCAGAUGUUAAUGUGCAGGUCAGACAGGUAAUUGUUGUUGCGGUGUCCGGAACCACUGCCGAGUUGGUUUGCUAUGUAGAGGGAAUACAGGCACAGUUAGUGUGGUCCCGACAAGGUGGCCUCCCUCCGGGCUCCACACAGACAGAUGGAGUUCUCAUUAUCCCCAACAUCCAGCAGUCAGGAGCCGGCCAGUACCUCUGUACUGCAAUCACACCAGUCGGUGAUAGAGGCACAGUCACUGCGUCCAUCACAGUCAGGGCUGAUAAUUUACCUGUGAGGCCAACAGCAGAAGUGAAUGUACCAGAAAAUAGACUGACUGUAGACCAGGGCAGCACAGCAACCAUCAGGUGUGAGGUAACGGGGACGCCGCAACCUACGAUCACAUGGAGCAAGAGUCGUGAGGAACUGACCAGCAGGCACAGGGUAUCUGGAGGAACCCUGAGGAUUGUGGGAGCUCAGGUGGAGGACCGAGGAGUUUACCUGUGUGUGGCAGAGAACACAGCCGGGUCGGACCAAGCCUGGGUCAUUGUGGAGGUUAUGCCCCGAUCCAAACCAACAAUAACACUGUAUCCAGAGGAAACCUCUACCACUACUAUAGGAGGGAGUGCCAUGUUUGUGUGCCGAGCCUCGGGAGAACCACAACCAACAGUCACAUGGACAAGGGCUGGUGGUGAAUCCUUUGAGAGUGGAACAACGGAACUGAAACAGGAGGGAACAUUACUGAUGUUCUCCAGGGUGACUGGGAAGGAACAGGGCAGUUAUAUAUGUACAGCCACCAACUCUAUGGGAUCUGUUAGUGCCACUGCAACCCUGCUCAUUGCAGGACCACCGAAAGUUCUCAUUCAACCCAGCCGAACAGUUUAUGCAGUUGUUGGACAGAGAGUUUCUUUAGAAUGUGUAGCUCAGGGAGUUCCAACACCAACCAUUUACUGGCGAUACGAGGCGACUCCAAGCAGAGGAGAUUUGCCCGUCUCUUUGGACGCGGAUCUCGGACCAGGUUCAGCCACCCUGACCAUAGAGUCAGUCUCUAGCGGUGACAGUGGCAACUAUGUGUGUGUCGCCACAAAUGAUGCUGGAUCUGUAGAGGAAACUGCCCAGAUUAUUGUGCGUGAAGAGAACCCUAAUGUGCCUGGAGUUACGAUUUCUGGUCCUCAGAGAUUAUCUGCCACAGAGGGACAGUCAGUGACUCUGAGAUGUGAAACACAAGGCCUAAAUAAUGCUGUUAUCCAGUGGAGGAGAAGGGAGGGUCCAUUGCCCCCCAAUCACAGCAUUCAGGGAGGAACCCUGUACAUUCCACGCUUCCAAAGAGAGUACGCCGGGGAGUACAUCUGCACUGCUACCACACCAGUUAGAAAUUAUGAGACCUCUGUUUUUAUCAUUGUGACAGUGACCCCAAAGUUGAGCAUUUCACCAGCUCAAGUAGAGGCCAGGGCUGGUCAGAGAGUACAACUCCGAUGUCAACCCCAGGGUCAGGGACCAUUUAACAUUGAAUGGGUCAAGUUGGGAGGAGGAUUAUCCCCCUCAGCCACCCAAACUGUGGACGGAAUCCUGGAGAUCCGGGCGGUGACUGCUGCUGAUGCCGGACGGUACCGCUGUGUGGCUACCAAUUCUGCAGGAUCCUCAGAUGGCAUUGCCAUUGUCAUAGUGCAAGUACCCCCCACAAUAGUUGUUUCUGACAGAGAUAGGUCUGUACGUGAAGGUGAUACAGUAACACUUCAGUGUCAGAUUACGGGGACACCACAGCCACAGGUCACAUGGGAAAAACAGGGCAGUGCUCUCCCCUCUAAUUCCGACAUCAGGAAUGACAUACUUACUAUAUACAAUGUGAGAAGUGAGGAUCAAGGCCGCUACAUCUGUAAUGCCAGAAGUACAGCUGGGUCUGCCAGGGACUACAUCAUGGUUACUGUCCAAUCAGUUAAUGGUGGUGGUUCCAUUCAGUAUGACACACAGACUGUCAAUGUGGGAGAAAAGGUGGAAAUGGAAUGUGUCACAACAGGAUCCCCUCAGCCUACAGUCAGCUGGUCUAAGCUGGAAGGUCCUCUUCCACCCACUGCCAUUGUCAAUGAUGCCUUCCUGGUCAUUCAGUCUAUAAGAUUAGAGGACGCGGGAACCUAUGUUUGUACUGUACAGAAUAUUGUGGGAACAGUCGAGAAGAGGGUCACCCUGUUCGUCAGAGCUAAACCCAUCAUUACUGGGGGUAGUGAGUCCCUGACAGCAGCCCUGGGGUCCAGUACAUCCAUGUCUUGUGAAGCCGUGGGGUACCCCCAACCAGAGAUCAGCUGGUACAAACGAGAGGGAAAUAUGCCAAGAGAUUACACAGUAGAUAACGGAAAACUGGAGAUUCCUCGUGUUUACCCCGGAGACCAGGGCACUUAUGUCUGUCAAGCCCAGAAUGACUUCGGUCAAAAUGAAAAAGAUUAUAACCUAACCGUUGGGGAUUUGGUUCCAUACUUUGAUCAGGAACCUACAUCAUAUAUCAGCUACCCUCCCAUUGAAGAUCACCACAUCAACUUUGAGAUUUUACUCUCAUUGAGACCAGAAACCACAGAUGGUUUGGUGUUGUAUAAUGGACAGUAUGAUAAUGCCAGAGGUGACUAUGUCUGUCUGGGAAUGAGAGGAGGCUACCCAGAAUUCACCUUUGAUGUUGGUUCUGGACCUGCUCUAAUACAGGGCAAUCGAACUCUUCCUUUGAACCAAUGGAAUACCAUCAAACUCAAGAGGGAAAAUUCUGUUGGAAGUAUGGAGGUUAAUGAUGAGCCAGUCUACACUGGUUCUUCACUGGGACAGUUCAGUGGUCUGGAUCUUGGUCAGAACAUGUACCUGGGUAAUGUGCCAGAUCCCAACAAGGUACCAGAGCCAGCCAGACACUCAUCUGGAUUUGUUGGUGCUGUGAGUCAGGUGAUUAUUAAUGGCAAGGACCUGAACCUGGGGGCUGAUGCCAUCGAGCUGAAGGGGAUUGAACCGUACAACGCUUGUAAAGACCGACCAUGUCUGAACCGAGGAAGAUGUCUGCCAGCCAACUCCAAGUAUGGCUACAAGUGUGACUGUCCAUCUGGGUUCACAGGAAGUCGAUGUGAGAUCACAGGAAGAGGCUGCUAUCCAGGAAUCUGUGGACCAGGAGGAAGAUGUCGUGAUGUAACUGGGGGCCACCAAUGUAUCUGUCCAAUGGGAAGGAUUGGUUCAGGCUGCUCACAGACUGUGCAGGUCAUCUACCCACAAUUCAAUGGGUCUUCCUUUUCAUCAUAUGAUCCAAUCAGAAAUGCUCGCUUCCAGAUGAAGAUUGAAUUGGAGAUCAAACCCCAAUCUCUGGAUAAUGGACUUGUGUUGUACAGUGGACAGAACGAGGAUGGAUCCGGGGACUAUGUGGUCAUCCUGAUUAAAGAUGGCUACCUGGAGUUCAGAUACAACACAGGAUCUGGUCCCGCAGUGAUGAAAAGCAAGAAGAAACUUGUGUCCAACGAGUGGGUCAGGAUCACCGCCACCAAGUCUGGACAAGAGGGUAGCCUCAUCAUCAACAACAGGGAACCAGUUAAAGAUACAUCUCCAGGGACCCACAUUGGUUUGGAUCUGAGAACCAGGUUAUAUUUAGGAGGAGUGGAUCCAGAUAAGAAAGUUCCUGAUGGUGUGGAGGUCCAGAAUGGAUUCUAUGGAUGUAUAGCUGAGUUGAAAAUAAACAUGCUGUCUACCAACCUUGUCAAAGAUGCCAUAGAAACACUUGAUGUGCGAGAUUGUGAAGAAACGGACAUCUGCAAUAGACAUCCCUGUAGAAAUGGGGGCACCUGCCAGGGGGGUACUGCAUCCUCCUACACCUGUCUGUGUCCAGCUAGUUACACUGGUGAAAAGUGUGAGGUGGAGAUUAAUCUGUGUUUGACCCAGCGACCAUGUCAAAAUAACGGAGUCUGUAGCGUGACCAACACAGGAUACAGGUGUGACUGCCCCUUAACAUUCAUGGGAAAGAACUGUGAAGCAGUAAUCAAGCUAGGAGAGAACAUUGAGGUGAACCGUGAUGGCUUUGUGGAAUUCUCCAAAGAUUACCUGACGGCCUCUCCCCAGCAGGAAGAAAACAUGAGGUUUACCCUCAAAACAACAGAGAGCAAUGGUCUAGUCCUGUGGAAGGGUCAGCGCAUGCCCCUACAAAGGUCAAGUAGUGGAGACUACCUGUCCAUCGGAUUAAAGAAUGGUUAUGUCAUGUAUAGCUAUGACCUGGGAAGUGGUCCAUCAAACAUAACGUCACCAAUCAGAGUCAAUGAUGGGUAUGCACAUAUCAUUGAGGUAACCAGAUUAGGUCGGCAAGGAAGCUUGACCAUUGACAACAAUCUGUCAUAUUCAACUUCUGGGCAAUCCCAAGGACCGCUCCAGAGCCUGAACACAGAGGGAAAUAUUUUCUUAGGAGGAGUUUCACUGGUGCCUACCAUUACCAAGGGAUCAUACUCAGAGAACUAUAGUGGUUGUAUAUCUAACAUAUACAUACAAAAUAACGGGCCUUUACGAGUCCCCGAAGAUGCUGUUGGGGGAUUUAAUGUACGACCUUGCUUAAACAAGAAAUAAUUACUUAAAGUCUUUAAAAUUACCUUCAAAUGAGUGAUAUUUAAAACUGUUCCAUACAUGCAUCCAUGAAUGAAUGACAUAUGUGAAUAUUAUGCAAUUAGACAUUGCAGGGGAAUUUUGCAUUCUUCACUGUGUUAGGUUAUUUGCAGGUCUGUGCAAAUAAAUUGGGUGCUAGAUACAGAAAAUUGUUUAUGUAAAUCAAAGGCAUUACACUUUUUCUUGAUAGUUGUACAAUUCUUUACAUUGUGAAAACUCUGUGUAGUUUUAUGUGUACAUGUAUAUUAGCACUUUAAAAGUGUACAAACAAUAUCCAUGUGUUCUGUCUAUAGAUGACUUUUAAGUUUUUAUUAUAAUAAUUUUAAAUUGAUAUUUUUGUACCCGGUUCUAGUAUUUUGAUUUUACCAUGUACCCCCUUUUUAAACAACUUUCAGAUACAUAUUAAAGGUGCUUUUUAUAUACAUUAUUCUUAAUGCUUUAUAGACAAUAUUUGAUGUGUAUGUAUAAUCAAUUUGAGUACUGAUGAUAUUAUGUGAGAGAGAACUAAGGGACAAGAUCAAAAGUUCAAUAUCUGACCAAAAAACUAAACAUUUUUUUUACAAAGAGACCCCUCCAACUCCAAACUAAAUGAUAGAUGUUGAUUCGAAUUAGAUCAGCAAAUAUUAGUAUUUAUUACACCAUAAGUUUACUUCUUUUGUUUAUUUAUAAAAAGAAACAUCAUAUACCAGAAACAUAAAGUCUAAGGUACAAUAUACACUUCUUGUUUUAUGUGUUAUUAUUGAUGUCAGUCAACAAUAACUUUUGGGGCUCUUAUUCUCCUCCCCCCUAAGUAUUUGAAUUUAGUUUUUUUUUUAAAUCAGAUUUUGAGCUUUUGAUAUCAUCCCUAAAUCAUUCAAUUACUCUGCAUGAUUGAAUGUAACUAUAUAUAGUUAGGAAGAUGUGUAUUUAAACAGGUUUCUUCCCAUAGUUAGCUUUUAUUGUAUUUCUUGAGUGUAUUUUGUUCAUUUAUUCAUCAUGAAAAUAUCUUUUCCUUUUCAAUACUCUUGAGAUGUGAAGACUGUUUAAGACUUGACUUGACCAGGUUUAGAGGGUAAAUGAAAUUGACUUUGUUUUACAUGUAAUAAAAUGUUUGUCUAACUACAAAAUAUAAUUUCAGUGCAGCAUUUAUGUUCAGGUUAUACCAAAGAUGUCCCAUUUACUGAGAGUCUUGAAUACUCAUGACAGCUGGUGCUAUAAAAAGAACAACAAUACUUGUGAUAUCCAACGGCUUUUCUGAUUUUUUUUUUUAUUUGUGACUGCAGAUCUGUCUAUCUUGAAUGAUGUAGGAGUAUUUUUUCUCAUUUUGUUGAAACUUAAGCAUUAUUCCCUAUUUUUUUAUCAAUAAUUUUUAGAUGCUAUUUUUAUUUUUCUUUAUUUCCAUGUGUUGAACUUUUGUUUCAUAGUGCAUACAUGUAUAUGACUUUUUUUUUUAACUCUGUUAUUCAGUUUCAUGACUUUAAUUAUUUCUUUACUUCAGUAAAUUAUGCAAAGUAUCUAUAAUUUGCUUUUGGAUUAAUUUGAUUUACUGGGAAAUUGUAACUAAUGAAUGAUGUUAAAGAUCUAAUAUGCUUAUUGUGCAACUUUCAAAAUUAAGAAUUAAAAAUUAUAAUACAAGUA